AUGGAUCCCUUCCAGACAGUAGCACGCGAGAUGAAGUUUUUGACGGGGAACAUACGAUCGCUACUCGGCUCCGGGCACCCUACGCUGGACACGGUCGCAAAAUACUACACACAAAGCGAGGGCAAAUACGUGCGCCCUAUGCUCGUUCUGCUCAUGAGCAGAGCUACAGCAUUGACCCCCAAGAUCGCGCGUGGAGGAAGUGGCAGCAACAGCGUCGACGAACCAAUUACCAGCUCAUCGAUACUCAGUGACGGCAACCCGGGAGCCGGCAUAUCCGACAUCACACACGACGCCGCCUACACCUCCACUGACUCCGACAUUCUUCCCUCGCAACGCCGCCUGGCCGAGAUCACGGAGCUCAUCCACACCGCUUCCCUCCUCCACGACGACGUUAUCGACCACUCUGUUGCUCGUCGCGGCGCGCCCUCCGCAAACGUCGAGUUCGGCAACAAGAUGGCUGUCCUAGCCGGCGAUUUCCUCCUCGGCCGCGCCUCAGUCGGGCUCGCACGGCUGCGGGACCCUGAAGUGACAGAGCUGCUCGCGACUGUUAUUGCCAACCUCGUUGAGGGCGAGUUCAUGCAGCUGAAGAACACCGCCCGCGACGAGAAGAACCCUGUCUGGACCGAAGACACCGUGACGUACUACCUGCAGAAGACAUACCUCAAGUCAGCUUCUCUGAUCUCGAAGUCGUGUCGCGCCGCUGCUGUGCUGGGUGGCAGUACGCCGGAGGUCGUCGAGGCGAGCUACCAGUAUGGAAAGAACCUGGGCAUGGCCUUCCAGCUGGUCGACGACAUGCUGGACUACACAAUAAGCAGCGAGGAGCUAGGGAAGCCAGGCGGUGCGGAUUUAGAGCUAGGUCUUGCAACGGCGCCUCUGCUGUUCGCGUGGAAGGACAACCAGACGCUAGGCAAGCUCGUGGGCAGGAAGUUUGGCGAGAAGGGCGACGCGCAGAAGGCACGCGAAAUCGUACUCGCCAGCACCGGCCUCCAGCAAACGCGCGCCCUGGCCCAGGACUACGUCGACAAGGCCAUCGAGGCCAUCGCGCCGUUCCCCGACAGCGAUGCCAAGAACGGCCUGAUUGAGAUGUGCACCAAGGUGCUGCAGCGGAGAAAGUAG